AUGUCUGAUGUAAACACAGCUACACCUGCCGCAGCAGCACAACAGCCACAACAGGUCGACCCCAGGAUAACACUUGGCAAUGGACUAUAUCUUCUCAUUUCACCAGUUGUCAAGGAAUGUGAUGCCAAGAUACAAGAGGUCUAUCAAUCACAGAAGAACCUAUCUGAGCAAAUCGAUUCACUGUCUAACCAGCUUGAUCAGUUUAACAGCCUUACUCAGAUACCAACAUUACAUCCUCAUAUACAGAAGUUGUUGAAUGCUCGUGGUCGCCUGCUGGCUAUCAACAGCAAGUUGACUGUGAUCAUGGGUAGAAUGGAUAAGUUGUCAGCGACAGUGUUGCAACAGCAACAACAAAAGACAUCGGUCACUGAUAGGAUAUCAGGAUUCUUCAAGAGCAGCAACAAACCAGCGACACCCACCAAGCCACAACAGAAUGCUCCUGUCUCUCAGGUACCUGCUUCCACAGGAGUUGAGGCUACUCCACAGACAUCUGCUGAGCAGCCACCUGCUGCCCCAGUGUCAUCAACAGUCCCAUAUGUGUCUGGUGACGUCCAACCACAAGCACCAGCCACAACAACAACGACAGAGGCAAGCAAUGAACAAUCACAGCCACAAGAGCAGCAGCAGCAACAACAAGAUACUACAUCAAGCGAAGAGGCGAUCAAGGAACAGCCGACAUCAGACAGUCAGCCACAAGAGCAACAACAGCAGCAGCAGGAGUAA